AUGUGUUCUCAGUCGUAAGUAGCUUUUUAUAUUUUACAAUUUUAGGAAUAUAAAAAAAGAUACGAUUUUACAUAAAAAUGGAGGACAUUAUAAAUAUUUGAUUUUUUUAGAAUUGUUCCCUUGGCAUUGGCUAAGACGGUGGAAGAGGACUCUGGUUAUGAUGGUUUGAUUGUGGUGUCACACUCUGUAGAAGCAGCAUCUCAAUCUCCCCAACUGAAGUCUUUGGCUUCUUUCUUUCAUGAACAUGCUGCUCUUGGAGUUCUUGGACGUGGAACUCCUUUGAUAAACCAAGACAAACAGGUACCCAUGGAUAAGGUGUUCUACAGUGCAGUAAGCUUUGGAAACCAUGGAUUUGACGACAGCAGAAAGUACAGACAAGCUGGAGAACAAGGAAUCACUCUGUAAGUCAUAUGUUUUAUUUAAAACUGAAGAACUUAUAAAUAUUGGUUUUUAAAUUUUUGUUUUUGAGGAUGUCUUCUUGCUUUUAAUGUAAACUGUUUUAGGGCAUUGAGUUGUGGAGUAAAGCGACCACUACUAGCCGUCGUACCUAAUCCUGAACAUCCAAACGCCUUGGUUAUUGCUGCUCUGGGACUGUUCCAUAAACUUCAUGUUCCUCUGAACAUUAGACAAGAAGUACCUCAACGAGCACAAAAAGUGGAAAGCGUUGGCAUAUUAAGUGAUGACGAAAACCUUUUGGGUGUUCUGCAAGGUCUCGUAUCGUCAUUUACCGUUUGUCGUGACAUUGGAGACUCGGAUCCACAAAGGAUGGCUCCAGGACCAGCUACAGCUUAUGUCACGGAGCACUUCAAGGGGUCGAGCAUUGAAGUUAAUGUUGAGGAAGGUGUAGAAGUGUUGAAGAAAGAGUUUCCAUUACUGGCAGCCGUCAGUAGGGGCUGUAACAACAUCGAACCACACAAGGUAGGUUUUAAAGUUGCUUUACUAUUUUUUUAAAUGUAAUAUGUAUUACAAAUGUAACUUAAUGUGUAAUAUAUUGCUAUUGGAUGGUUGAAAAUUUUAGGCUAGACUGAUACGAUUGACAUACGAAAACACUGAAGACUCGGGAAAGCCCUUUGAAACAUUAUACUUGAUUGGCAAAGGUGUGACUUUGGAUACUGGUGGUGUAGAUCUGAAAGUGAAUGGAGCUAUGUUGGGAAUGUCACGCGACAAAUACGGAAGUGCUGUUGUAGCCGGCUUCUUUGACAUUUUGGACAAACUGAAGCCAAAAGGGAUCAGAGUGGUCGGAUUCAUGGCUAUGGUCAGGAAUUCUAUUGGAAGUGAAGCUUAUACUUGUGAUGAGAUUAUUACGGUGAGAUUAACGUAAAACAACCUUUUGAACGUUUUUUUGGCUAAAUUGUCCUGAAAUAUUAUACGUUUUAAUACCUAAAAUUAUGUUUUUAGAGCCGGAGUGGUAAGAGAAUCUUGAUCGGGAACACUGACGCCGAAGGGCGAUUGGCAAUGUUGGAUCCUCUGACUCACGCUGUAGAGCUGGCUACAUCGUCGCAAAGCCCUCAUUUGUACACGUUGGCUACAUUAACGGGACACGAAGUGUUGGCUCACGGCUUCUUCCCGGCUGUCAUCGACAAUGUUGUCGCACAAGCUGCUAGACAUGCUCAGGAACUUCAGAGUAUUGGAGACGAGUGGGGUCAGCCGGUGGAAAUCAGUCGUCUUCAUGUUGAGGUAGGUUAAUUUUGAAAAGAGUUGAAGAAUUGGAACAGUACAGCCUUUUCUUUGUGGCCAAAGUUUACAUUUUAAUUUAAAAAAUAUUAAAAUUAUCAAGUGAAAACUUUUGUUUCAGGACUUUGACUUCAACAAGUCUCCAGUAGAGUCGGCUGACCUUCGCCAAGCCAACAACCGCCCUUCUGUACAAACCUUAAGAGGACAUCAGAGUCCUUGUGCUUUCUUGAUUCAGGGAUCCAGACUAGACGAACACGGGUUAGAAGCGGCGAAACCAAUCAAGUACAGUCACAUUGACAUUGGGUCGUCGAUGGGAGAAUAUCCGGCUACCACCUUCCCUUGUCCUUUACUGGCUUUGUCAGCUAAGUAAGUUUAUAUAUUAAAGUUUAUAAUAUUUUUAAGGUUUAUCAAUCUUUUUUACGAUUAAAAAUGUUUUGCAAUACAUUUAUACCUAUUUUUCCGUUUUAAAGUUCAUAUUUGGCUUUUAGGCACGUUUUCCCGAGAUUAAACUAG